CCUGAAGAGGACCAAAAACUGAUUUAUUCUGGGAAGCUGCUGCUUGAUCAUCAUUAUCUGAGAGACUUGCUGCCAAAGCAUGGGGAGUUGCAUGCUCUUCAUUUGGUGUACAACUUCAAGACUCCAGCAAAUGUGCAAGAAACCAGUGCAGAGGUUAAAGCUGAUCAGCCAAAGUUACCGUCGGAAGCCAGUCAAGAACCAUCUGUAUCUUCCUCAGAUAGUGCAAGACCAAGAUGCUCUUCUGCUGGCCAGUCUUCAGCAGAAGCCAGUAAUGGGCUGGAAACGACUCGUCACCCCUUCCAAUGUGUGGCUCCUGGCUUCUCUGCUUACACAACCUACAGCAUGCUUCAGAUGUCCUGGUUUCAGCAGAUUUAUGCAAGACAAUAUUACAUGCAAUACUUGGCAUCUACUGCUGCAUCUGCUGACCCAUCCCAUGCACAACGUUCUCAGGAGAUACCAGUGGCACCAGUGACACCCCCAGCUCCUCUCCCAGACCCAUUUCCUGCCCAAAACCAGCCUGGCAACCUGAAUGCUGCUGCCCAGGUUAACGCAGCGGCCAACCAGAACCUGGGGAUGAAUGCCCAGGGGGGUCCCCUCAUGGAGAGAGAGGAGGAGGGUGGCAAUCGAGACUGGUUGGACUGGCUCUACUCAGCAACACUGUUUUAUGUUUUUGUCAACAUUAUCUAUUUCUACUCCAGCAUCAGCAGAUUCCUCCUGGUGAUGGGUGGCACUGUGCUGAUGUACCUGCACCAUGUUGGAUGGCUUCCAUUUAGACGAAGACCAGUCCAGCCCUUCCCAGGCAAUGUUCCUCCUCAAGCUGCUGUAAACCAGGACCAGAACAAUAACUUGCAGGAGGGAAAUGCAGGCAGAGCUGAUGAACCUGAGGCAUCUCCUGAUGAGGGACAAGCUUUACAAGAACUGCAGCAGGCCACUCCCUCAUUUAUGAGCACAGCAUGGGUUUUCUUCAAGACUUUCUUUGCAUCCCUCCUUCCAGAAGGGCCUGGAGUGACCCGCAACUGA